AUGUCGUCACCCAAUCCCACUGAUUCUCUGUCUCCACCUGAAAACGCCAUUUGGGCCGUCCAACCACCCUCUCCUCUGGAAAUCGACCCCGAAAAUGACAAAGAGAAUAUCCGCCCUACCAAAUGUGCCACCUCUAAAGUCAAGCCUUCCUCGUGUGUUUUCGUAGCAAGUCUCAAGGCUACAGAUUCAGAUGAUAAUCUUUGCCGGUCUGUCACUAACCACUUUUCCCAAUUUGGACCCUUGGUGUCUGUCAAAGUAUUGCGGGACCCGGCAAACAGGCCAUAUGCCUUCGUUCAGUAUACUAACGACGAUGAUUGUAGAAGCGCCAUCGAGCUUGGCCACAAUUCCAUUUUAUCCGGGCGCCGCUUGAGAUGCGAGGCUGCCAAAGUCAAUCGAACCUUGUUUCUAGCUGGAUUGGAACCUAUGGACUUGUCCACCGUGGAGCACAAGAUGUCGCAGUUUGGCGAAACGGAGCUCAUUAUAGCUAGCUCAGGCAACGGCCAGCUCAUCUCCGAUUCACUGCCAGUCGCCACCUCUAGUCUCAAUUGGUUCAUCAAAUAUUGCUACAGAGAUGAUGCCAUUCGUGCAUUUGCUAGCAUAACAGACGACCCAGACUUCAACGUAGAAUGGGCCCAAAAUAUAGAUGACUUGAACGCAGGGGUACCCAGAAUCGACAAAUUGUCUAUUUACGUGGGCCAGUUGGCGAGCGAAGCGACCGAGUCUGAUCUCAGAGACCACUUCUCUGUGAACGGCGAGAUUGACGAAAUUUCCAUUAAGUCAAAGGCUAAUUCAACCUUUGCCUUCAUCACCUUUCACCUGGAGGAAGCGGCGGCAAGCGCCGUCGCUAGAGAAAAUCACUCCAUGUUCAUGAACAAAACAAUUCAUGUUCAGUACAAGGAGUUUACCUCCAGAAAUACCACAAGGAUAAUCCUAUCACCUAGAACUCCCAUUGCCUUGGCACCUCCGCCAAUCAAUGUCAGAAGAAGACAAGUUCCAGUUGACGUCGCAUAUGGCUCUCAAAGCAGCUCAGGCAGUUGGAGUAGAAGUUCUGACUCCGCAAGAAAUUUUGUAGCUGGGUACGCUUAUCAUGGUAGUCAUGGAGAACAUGAAUCCCCUCGUAACUACAAGGCAGAGAAGAUUGUUACACCUCGAAGAGUGUUUGGUCCUAAAGAUCAGUCGAAUAAGCCCACCGACGUUAGAUUUGCGUCGCAUUCCAGUCGGUCAAAUAGGCAGUUUAUUUCGAAAUUAGGAAAAAACCGGGCUUCUGAGGAAUAUAAUGCUCGUGAUUACGUGCGCCAGAUGGAUUCAUCCCAUACUGGCUCUUUAAUUGGGGCUUAUAAGCCCCCAUUCAAGUUCAAAGAGAAGAACCAACAAACCGAUUAA